CGCACCGCACCGAAUCCAAUCCCAUCGUAGCUCGCAUCUCACGUGCCCCUCCCUCCUCCUCGCCACUCCUAAUCUCUCCGCUGACCGACGGUUGCAGGCCGAUACUCGCCUCACCGUCGGCCUCGGGGUCUUGGAACUUCGGAUCGAGCGACGCUCGGGCCCACACGCAGCACAUGGAGCGAGGAUCGCCGUCUUCCGGCGAUCUGAUCUGCAUGGCGGAAUGGGCAAUUGGCGCGCAGCGUGUAUUUUGUGCAUCCGUGCGCCAUGCGCCCCUCUCCUUGCGCCCCUCCUUGCGCCCCGUGGAUCAUGACGACAAUGGCGCGGACAGCUUGCAGGGUAGCGCCCCUUCCGACAGGCCUAGCCAUGCUUCUCCAUUCCAUGUUCGCACCGAUACUUUCGGUGCCGCGUACACUUGUAUGCGGCGUAGCGCGCGGCGCAGGACGGGGGACGGAGGGGGCACGAGGGGCGGCAGGCUCUGGCCGGGCGGGCGGAGGCGGCGCCCGUGCGGCGGCCCCUUUUGCCGAGGGGUGUCGUGAGCGUCGAGAGCGUGCUGAUGCGCGGUGGAGGUAGAUCUGGCCCACAUGCUCGACAGGUACAUCUGGCCCUAGUUGCUAGUUGCGAGGCGGCCAGGGGCAUCAGUCAGCAACGGAAUGCACGUUCCACACGUCGUCGUUUCCAGGCUCACCGCUGUU